CCACUCUCUUUCCUCACUCCACUUCUCUCCCUUCCUAUCUCUCUUUCUAUUCAGCUCACAUGGAUACUCUCACUCUCUUCUACUUCCUCGUCCUUGCCACAUCAGCAUAUGCAAUCUGGUUCUGGUUCCUGGCCAUGUCAUUAACCGGUCCAAAGGUCUGGCCGCUCCUCGGCAGCCUCCCCGGUCUGAUCUCGAACCGGUCCCGCAUGCACGACUGGAUCGCUUCCAAUCUCAAGAGAACCGCUUCUCUCACAUACCAGACCACGACGCUCGCACUCCCGUUCUUCGCACGCGGGCAGUGCCUCGUGACUGUCACGUGCAAUCCAAAAAACAUGGAGCACAUACUUCGCUCGCGAUUCGAUAACUACCCCAAGGGCCCCAUCUGGCAGGCCGCGUUCCACGAUCUCCUCGGUCAGGGAAUCUUCAAUAGCGAUGGAGAGACGUGGCUUACCCAACGGAAGACGGCUGCACUCGAGUUCACGACCCGCACGCUCCGCCAGGCCAUGGCCCGCUGGGUCAACCGCUCCAUUAAGCUGCGCCUGUGGCGCAUUUUAGCCAAGGCGUCUGACGAUAACGUCCACGUGGACCUGCAGGAUCUUCUCCUGCGCCUGACGUUUGAUAACAUCUGCGGUCUGACGUUUGGAAAAGACCCGGAGACGCUCUCGCCCGAGCUGCCCGACAACCGUUUCGCGUCCGCUUUCGACUCCGCCACUGAAUCGACCCUCCAGCGCAUGCUCUACCCCGAGUUCCUGUGGAGGCUGAAGAAGCUCCUCGGGUUCGGCACCGAAGCGACUUUGAAAAAGAGCAUCCAAGUUGUAGAUAAUUACAUGACAGAUGCCAUCACGGCCAGGAAGCAAGCGCCAUCAGACGACCUCCUCUCCCGCUUCUUUAAGAAACGUGAUAGUAACGGAAAUUCCUACCCCAGCUCCGUCCUCCGUCGCAUUGCUCUCAACUUCGUGCUCGCAGGCCGCGACACGUCAUCCGUCGCGCUCAGCUGGUUCUUCCACCUCAUCAUGAAAAAUCCACGUGUCGAGUCCAAGAUCCUCUCCGAAAUAUCAACGGUCCUGAAGGAGACACGUGGAGAGGACCGAUCUACGUGGAUCGAAGAGCCUUUGAACUUCGAGGAGCUGGAGAAGCUCAUCUACUUAAAAGCUGCUCUGGCCGAAACGCUACGGUUAUAUCCGUCCGUGCCGGAGGACUCGAAGUACGCCGUAUCCAGCGAUACGCUACCGGACGGGACGGUCGUGCCGGCUGGCUCGACGAUAACGUACUCCAUAUACUCGGUGGGGAGGAUGAAGGCAAUAUGGGGGGAGGAUUGUACGGAUUUUCGGCCGGAACGGUGGAUUUCGCUGUCGGGCGAUCGGUUCGAGAUGCCCAAGGACGGUUACACGUUCAUGGCGUUCAAUGGGGGGCCGAGGACGUGCCUGGGAAAGGACCUGGCAUACCUGCAGAUGAAGACGAUCGCAUCGUCCGUACUCCUGCGGCACCAGCUGGAGCCAGUCCCCGGUCACCGGGUGGAGCAGAAGAUGUCGCUGACGCUUUUCAUGAAGAACGGGCUGCGUGUGUACGUUAGUCGGAGGGAUCUCGCGACCGUCGGAUCGGGCGCCGCUUGUCAUUAGUCUUCGCGUUGGAGGGUAUUUUCGUAACUUUGGAAUCCGCGUCUUCCGCAUGCAUGCAUGCACGUGUGGUGGUGGUGUCUUUCGUUCCCUCCCGAGGGUGUUUUCGUCAUUUUACACUCAUGGGAUACUCGAGUCUUUUUCUCUCUGUUUGUCGUGUGUAUAAGAAUGCUUCAUUCAAAAAAAAAAAAAGAGGAUGUAAUUUUCUCCUUUUAAUUAUUUUUCUUUAUAAAUUAUGAUGAAAAAUGCUUCUAUAUCA